CCCAGUUGGUUCCCUAAGUUGGUGGAUGAAAUGCAACUGAGGGAAGUGUGUGCUGGCACUGAGAACAAGCUGAGCUCCCUGUCUGACCUGGAGCAGCAGUACCGGGCCCUGCGCAAGUACUAUGAGAACUGUGAGGUGGUGAUGGGCAACCUGGAGAUCACCAGCAUCGAGCACAACAGGGACCUCUCCUUCCUGAGGUCUAUCAGAGAGGUCACGGGCUAUGUGUUGGUGGCUCUGAACCAGUUUGAGUACCUGCCCCUGGAGAACCUGCGCAUCGUCCGUGGGACCAAGCUCUACGAGGAGAGAUACGCCCUGGCCAUAUUCCUUAACUACAGGAAAGAUGGCAACUUUGGACUCAGGGAACUUGGCUUGAGGAACCUGACAGAGAUACUGAAUGGAGGGGUGUAUGUUGGCCAGAACAAAUUCCUCUGCUUUGCAGACACCAUUCAUUGGCAAGACAUCGUGAGGAACCCCUGGGCCUCCAACUUCACUCUGGUUCCAACCAACGGCAGCUCAGGAUGUGGUCGUUGCCACAAGUCCUGCACAGGAAGGUGCUGGGGACCCACAGAGAAUCACUGCCAGACCUUGACCAAGACCGUGUGUGCAGAGCAGUGUGACGGGCGCUGCUACGGGCCCUACGUCAGCGACUGCUGCCACCGCGAGUGCGCCGGCGGCUGCUACGGACCCAAGGACACCGACUGCUUUGCCUGUAUGAAUUUCAAUGACAGUGGUGCUUGUGUCACCCAGUGCCCCCAGACCUUUGUGUACAACCCCACCACCUUCCAGCUGGAGCACAAUCACAAUGCCAAGUACACCUACGGGGCUUUCUGCGUCAAGAAGUGCCCACACAACUUUGUGGUAGAUUCCAGCUCCUGUGUCCGGGCAUGUCCAAGCUCCAAGAUGGAGGUUGAAGAAAAUGGCAUUAAGAUGUGCAAGCCCUGCACUGACAUUUGCCCUAAAGCAUGUGAUGGCAUUGGGACAGGGAGUUUGGUGUCAGCUCAGACAGUGGAUUCCAGCAACAUUGACAAGUUUGUAAACUGCACCAAGAUCAAUGGCAACCUUAUCUUCCUUGUCACUGGGAUUCAUGGAGACCCCUAUCACACGAUCGCUGCCAUCAAUCCAGAGAAAUUAAAUAUCUUCCAAACAGUGAGAGAGAUAACAGGGUAUUUGAACAUCCAGUCUUGGCCUGAGAAUAUGACAGACUUCAGGGUGUUUUCUAACUUGGUUACCAUUGGUGGGAGAGCUCUCUAUAGUGGCCUCUCCUUGCUCAUCCUAAAGCAACAAGGCAUCACUUCCCUGCAGUUCCAGUCCUUGAAGCAAAUCAGUGCUGGUAACAUCUACAUCACAGACAACAGCAAUUUGUGCUACUACCACACUGUCAACUGGACCAGCCUGUUCAGCACCCCCAGCCAAAAGACAGUGAUCCACAGGAACAAAAAGGCAGAGAACUGCACUGCUGAUGGCAUGGUGUGCAACGAGCUGUGCUCCAGUGAUGGCUGCUGGGGUCCAGGGCCAGACCAGUGCCUGUCCUGCAAGCGCUUCAUCCGGGGCAGGACCUGCAUCGACUCCUGCAACCUCUACGACGGGGAAUUCCGAGAGUUUGCAAACGGCUCUGUGUGUGUGGAGUGUGAUCCCCAGUGUGAGAAGAUGGAGGAAAACAUGAUCACCUGCUACGGGCCGGGUCCUGACCACUGCACCAAGUGUUUCCAUUUUAAGGAUGGUCCAAAUUGUGUGGAAAAAUGUCCUGAUGGCUUGCAGGGGGCCAACAGCUUCAUUUUCAAGUACGCCGAUGAGGAUCGGGAGUGCCACCCGUGUCAUCCCAACUGCACCCAGGGGUGCAUAGGGCCACACCUGGAGGACUGCAUUGGGCUGAUGGAUAGAACCCCCCUGAUUGCUGCUGGAGUCAUUGGUGGCCUCUUCAUCAUCGUCAUCAUGGGCCUGACGUUCGCCGUGUACGUGCGGCGCAAGAGCAUCAAGAAGAAGAGAGCCUUGAGAAGGUUCCUGGAGACUGAGCUGGUGGAGCCCUUGACCCCGAGCGGCACAGCGCCCAACCAAGCCCAACUCCGCAUCCUGAAGGAGACAGAGCUAAAGAGAGUCAAGGUCCUGGGCUCUGGAGCCUUUGGAACAGUGUACAAGGGAAUCUGGGUCCCUGAGGGAGAAACAGUAAAGAUUCCUGUGGCCAUUAAGAUCCUUAAUGAGACCACUGGUCCAAAAGCCAACGUGGAAUUUAUGGAUGAAGCUCUCAUCAUGGCCAGCAUGGACCACCCACACCUGGUGAGACUCCUGGGUGUCUGCCUGAGCCCCACCAUCCAGCUGGUCACUCAGCUGAUGCCUCAUGGCUGCCUCCUGGAUUACGUCCAUGAACAUAAGGAUAACAUUGGCUCCCAGCUCCUGCUGAACUGGUGUGUUCAAAUAGCUAAGGGAAUGAUGUACCUGGAAGAGAGGAGACUUGUCCACAGGGACCUGGCAGCCAGGAAUGUCCUGGUGAAAUCACCAAACCACGUGAAAAUCACCGACUUUGGCUUGGCCAGGCUCCUGGAAGGGGAUGAAAAGGAGUACAAUGCUGAUGGGGGCAAGAUGCCAAUUAAGUGGAUGGCUCUGGAGUGCAUACACUACAGGAAAUUUACCCAUCAGAGUGAUGUGUGGAGCUAUGGAGUGACCAUCUGGGAGCUGAUGACCUUUGGUGGGAAGCCAUACGAUGGAAUUCCAACUCGAGAGAUCCCCGACCUGCUGGAGAAGGGAGAGCGCCUGCCCCAGCCCCCAAUCUGCACUAUUGAUGUCUAUAUGGUGAUGGUGAAGUGCUGGAUGAUUGAUGCUGACAGUCGGCCAAAAUUCAAGGAGCUGGCUGCUGAAUUCUCCAGAAUGGCUCGAGACCCUCAGAGAUACCUGGUGAUUCAGGGAGAUGAUCGUAUGAAGCUCCCAAGCCCAAAUGACAGCAAGUUCUUCCAAAAUCUUCUUGAUGAGGAAGACCUGGAAGAUAUGAUGGAUGCUGAAGAGUAUCUUGUUCCUCAAGCCUUCAACAUUCCUCCUCCCAUCUAUACCUCCAGGACAAGAAUUGAUUCCAACAGGAACCAGUUUGUGUACCGGGAUGGCGGCUACACUGCCGACGUGCCAAUGCCGUACAGGGCUCCGGGCUGCAUCAUUCCAGAAGCCCCAGCUGCUCAAGGAGCCACAGCAGAGAUCUUUGAAGACUCUUGCUGCAAUGGCACGAUGCAGAAGCAGGUGGCAACCCUGGCAAAGGAGGACAGCAGCACCCAGAGGUACAGCGCUGACCCCACUGUCUUCAUUCCCGAGCGCGUCGUGCGGGGAGAGCUGGAUGAGGACGGGUACAUGACACCGAUGAGAGACAAACCUAAAACAGAUUACCUGAACCCAGUGGAAGAGAACCCAUUUGUUUCCCGCCGGAAGAACGGAGAUCUCCAAGCUGUGGACAACCCAGAGUACCACAGUGCUCCCAACGGGCAGCCCAAAGCAGAGGACGAGUACGUGAACGAGCCCUUGUACCUCAACACCUUCGCCAACACCUUGGAAAACGCCGAGUACCUGAAGAACAAUUUGCCAGAGAAAGCCAAGAAGGCCUUUGACAACCCAGACUACUGGAACCACAGCCUGCCCCCACGGAGCACCCUCCAGCACCCGGACUACCUGCAAGAGUACAGCACAAAAUACUUUUACAAACAGAACGGACGGAUCCGGCCCAUAGUGGCAGAGAAUCCCGAAUACCUCUCUGAGUUCUCCCUGAAGCCUGGCACUGUGCUGCCCCCGCCGCCCUACAGACACCGGAACACCGUGGUGUAGUGGCUGUGCUCUCACUCAAGUGGAAAGGCAACCCCUUCUAGCUGCCUCACUCUCGCUCCCCCUUUCUCCCUGCCCUUGCCCCUCCUUCCUCCCUCCCUCCCUCUCUUUCUCCCAUGAGCUUCCUCUUCUUGCCAGUUCACUCAUUUUUGAUAUUUCUAAGUGAAAGGAUGUCUUGGAGUUGGUUGCAGAUUGGGUUGGGAGCCUGGAAGGAAGGAAGGAAAGAGACUGAAAGAAGGAGUGUACAACCUGGCCUUUCCCACUGUCGGCGGACGCGGGGGUUGGAUGCCCAGAGAAGCCAGGUGGUACCAGCAAAGGCCAGUGGCAGUGCUGCUGUCGAGCUUGUUCUCAGUGACUCAACUGUAGGGAAAGCCACAGAAAGGCUGAUUCUUCCAGCAGGAACUGAUGAGAGUCUGUACAGCGUUCCUGGAAAUCUCCAUGCAAUUUCCAUCAGGGUGAAAAAUGGACAAUUUUUAUAUCCUGUGUGAUAGCGUAGUAAUUGAGAUUGAGAAUCCAAUUUCUUUCUCUAACACUUUCUAUCCCAGCAACUGAAAAUGGCUAACAUAGCUUUUCAAAAACAUUCAGAUCUUCAUUGUGGCUUUCCAAGAAAUGAUGAUGUGACUCCCACAAACAGCUAAGCCCCUCUUCUGAGCCACACCGUGAUUUUGUGCCAAUUCCCAGCCACAGAGACUCCUGCUCAGAACUGCUACCUGCCAUGACCAUUUUUGUAUGUGUGCCAACACAACAAUCACUCUAAACACAAAAUACCUUUCAGAAGAGAGUAACAAAACCACACCUCCAAUAUGUUCAUUUGAAGCUAAAAACCAGGCCAAGAAAUGAAGAUUUGUAUGCCAAAAGCUUUGCUUUCCUGUUUUAUACCUGCUGACUGUAAACACUUCAAAAGAUUGUCACUAAUUCUUCCCUCUUUUUCUUCAUGGUCAUGAAGGGAGCUGGGGAUGCUGUCAGGCAACACUGAGGACAACACAGAGAACUGAAAAGUUUGAUUUUCUGUGGGGUGGGGUGGGAAGGGUCCUUUAAACUGGAAGACAGACACUGGACUGGAGAAAACGCACAUAGCGGUUCACUGGAAAGUUAGUUUGCACUUAACCUCUGAUUUUAUUUGAACUGUUUUCUGGAUUUUGAAUGAAGCAAUAUGGAAGUGACCAGCAAAAUACAAAAUAAUAAUUUUAAAUUAAAAAAGAAAUAUAAAUUAUUUGUAAAGGAUGACUGUGGAAAUGCCAAAAUGAAGCAAAUCAAGUCUUUGGAACAAUGUCUGCCACUCCUGAGAGGCCGAUGCAGUGACUGCUUCAGAGAAUUCAGUGAGAGAACAGCCAGCUCUUCCUGCUGCUCUAUGAAGGACAGCAGAGCAAGCCCUGGAAAGGAUCAGGGGAGGCAAAUGUCCUGCUCUGGCUUGCAGCACAGUACAGAAUACCAUUUUUCUAAACGGAAGAUUACUCUGGCACAGAAGACAGUGCAUAUGAGGUUUGAGAAGUCAAAAUGUGCAUGAUUUGCAGAGCUUUCUGUCAAAAAUGUAAAUAAGUAUGAGUCAGUCUCCUUGCACUUAGUUCUGCUUUUAUCAACCUCAGUUUUUAGGUAGACACCCCCUGACCUGCUCCUCUUUGGAAAUGUCUUUCAAACCAGAGUUGUGGACGUUUUUAGUGAUCUGGGGCAGAUGGAGCUGGGAAAGGAGGCACCAAGGCUUGGUCCUGACACACCAACACUGUGUGUGUAAGAGCAUUUGUGAGCCUACUUCCCACCAAACAUCUUAAGGAAGCUUUGGAGAUCUGCCUGUCUCUAUCCAUCAAGGCUUUUAAAGGGAAGAAACAAUACCUGGUGGCUGGCAACCGUGGGUGAUGCAACAGUAUUUCAGUUCAUGUGCUUCAGCUCUGUUAGGGCCGAGAUCUUUGGGGUGACCUGACCUGGCAACAAAACCAGCAACAACCAGAGGUCUGGAAAUGGCAUCACCCUCCUCUAAAGUCCUGCCAUUCCAACAUCUUGCCACCUUUAAUCUUAGGGAAGCAGAGGAAGGGAGUAAGAAACAAGCAAUGGUUACCUGAAGCUUAGUAGGUCAGCUUGACAAAGGUGUGAAGAGGUGUUCAACCUGGCUUGGUUGUUCCCCUUGUAGAUGGAAAACAAACUGUGAUCACAAGGCUGGUUCAGCUGUUGGUGCACCAGGUGUGUCCAGGUGUGCAUCAAGUACAAAGCUGAAGGUUCUGAAAGCAGCAACAACAGGUACAGAUCUUUGAGCUGGUAAAGGAGAUCUUGGGUCAAGUGGUACCAAGGUGAUUUGUGGUGAUAUGACCACUGUCAUGGAUAGAGGGAUACAAUCUGCACUGAGGGACCUCUUCUGGUGCCUCUGGUAGCUCCUCAGGGGACAGGGGCACACACUGGGCAGGGGCUGGGGCACAGGGGGUGGCACGAGGUGCUGGGGGGCUGCUCCAGGCAAGGUUUGCCCACAGCAGUGCCCACAGGGUGUCUCUGCCAGGCUGGGACAGAGAGAGGCACAGGAAUGUGGGUGUCCCGUUUCAGCAGGACCAUAGGUAGGUGGAGAAAAGUUGAUUUUUCCCCGAACAGGUCUUGUAACAGAGUAAGUCCUGAUGGAGAAAAACGAUAAAAUAAAAAGCUGGCUCAGCUCACAUGUUUGAAUUGAGAGCUGAACUCAGAGGCUGCUGGGACAGAGGCAGGCACACCUCCAGAGCCAGGCACUGGGAUGGAGCUGCUCACACAAGGUGAGGCCUGUUUGUUCCUCUGGUAAUGAAGUAGUGCUCGUGUUAGAAACAAGCCCAUGGAGUAAUCCAAGUGUAAAUACUGGUGGGGUUUAACAAUUUAACGUUUUAUUUCUUACAAGGCUUGAAUUAUUUAUUAAUUUUAUUUGUUGACUGUGGGUGUGCUAUAAUAUAUUAAGUAGCAUGGAAAUGCAGAGGUUCCUGCAGGUGGGGCAGCAGGAAAGCUGGAAGAGGAACUUGGGCUCUGCCUGGCAGCCCGGAUGAGCCAUGCAGAGCCAUGCUAGUGGGGUCUGGGAUAGCAGAGGACAGGCAGAGGCUUAAUGAACUCAGUGAUUCGGGAGGAGGGAGAGCUCCACACACUGCAGCUUCUCAAUUUUUAUUUUUUUAUUAUUUUCUGAGCUUCUGGUUUGAGUUGCAGUUGCCAAAACUGGCCCUUGAGUUCCAUGCUGUGCCAGUCACCACUUGCCCAACAGAUGGGCCUGUGUGGUGCUGAGGCUGCUGGUGAACCAACCCAGAGAGCAGCAAAUAUCUGACCCCUGCCCCUUUCCUCUUCUAGAGAAGUUCUGAGCUUGGCUGGCAGGUUUUGCCUCUUUGCAACAGAUGGUUUAAUCAUGGCUAAAGAAAAAAGAAAGGGAAACUGAGAGCAGAACUGUUUGGCUGCUUUAAUUCCAGCAGAAACUCCUGGCUGUCCCUAACUCACAUCUUUGCCUUACUGGGUAUUGCUGCUGGCUUGGGGAGAGAACUCAGGCAAGUGCAUAUGGCAAAAUCAUGGCAAGCAUUCAGCUGGGAUUCAUAUGGGAUUAAAGAUGAGGGCCAAGGUCUUUAAUGCAUAAUGACAGGUUUGGGAGAAAAGCACAUAAAUCCACACACAAACUGCAUUUUGUCAGCACAAAGCAGCAGGUGAGCAUAUCAAAAGAAGUACUUGGGGUGUGAUUCACUCUCUAGUGCUACAGAAGUACCUGGUUAUGUUUUGUGGGUUUUAGAAUGCAGCCUCCUGUUUAUAAAUGUUCUGGUUCCUCCUGCCAUGGCCGGUGUCAUAGGAGAGCAGUGACCAACUUUUCAAGAGCACCUUUUUACCUGAGUGUGGAUCAGCCAUUAUCCAAGGCACAAAGCAACCUGCUAAAGGAAAGAGAUCAACAUUUAUUAUUUUCUCCUGAUCUCUUUCAGUGUAACUUGUCCUAGCUGUUAUUACCUACCUGAGGGUUAUUGCAAGCAGAUGCUGGGGUCAAUUGACUCACUGUAACAUAAUUGGCUGAAACCAACUCCUUUUACAUUUACUUCUUCAGAUCUUUUCAGAUUUUUCUUUUUCUGCAAAACAGCCAGGAGGGAUUUUUUUACAUGGCCAUUGGCUCACAUGUAGCAGAGUAUUUACAACUAUAUUUCAAACAGGUUGUCUCUCUCAGGUAGCAAGAGAUGGAAAUAAAUCUGCAAUAGGAGCCAUCAUGCAGGUCUGUUUGAGGUAGCCUGAAAUCCUUUUCUGUGUACAAAGAAAUGCUGUAUUACCCCUGGAUGUACCACAUACUUGGUAGGAAAUGUGCUUCUUGACUGCAAGGCUCUUCUGCAAUGAUCUGACACCUGUUCCCACUAAAGAUCUCACCCUCAGCCAGCACCAAUCCCAGCCCAGAAGGAAGGGAAGUGGCAGCUCUGAAAGAGCAGCUCAGCCCCGCCUCUGUGGGUCCACUCUUCCCAUAGCUUUAGGUAGAGCUGGGCAGCACAG